UUGAAAGUGCUUGGAUCACCAUCAGACAGUUGUUUCUUGGCUUGCCGGCAGAUGAGGCUCUUUUGAGGUGGGCCGGCAGGAUCUGAUGACUACAUGUAGGCUAAAGUGAUUCUACAGCUCCAUGUGUAGGAUCAAUAUCAGAUUAAAUCUGCCUGUUUAAAUUUAUGCCAUCCAAAUUUUAGAAGAGUUGAGACUAUUGUGAGGUACUGAAUGCCCAAAUGUUGCUGUUUUUGCCCUUGCUUCUUUGGUGGUAUGCAUUAGGUACAUGCUCUGAUUUGGUGAAUGAGAAAUCAAUGUCAAAGUCCAAAGCAGUAGUGCAGAAAGGUCAAUAGGGGGCUUAUAUAUUUUGCUGGUUGCUUUCAAAACCAGUAAAGGCACCUGAACUUUGCUUUAAUUUAAUGAUUAACAAUCAGAAAACCAGCACGUCUGGAGGAUCCAAGAAGCGAAAGAAAACAAAAUAGCUUGCACUAUGUCAGAAAGACCAAUUUGCAUUUCUGAUUUUGAACAAUAUGCUAAGAAAUUUCUUCAGAAAUCUGUGUAUGAUUAUUACAAGUCUGGGGCUGAGGAACAGCAAACACUGGCUGAAAAUGUAGUUGCCUUUUCAAGAUUAAAGUUAUACCCCCGGAUGCUGAAGGAUGUGUCUUCCCUGGACCUGUCGACCACAGUCUUGGGGCAGAGAGUCAGCAUGCCAAUAUGUGUUGCAGCAACUGCCAUGCAGUGCAUGGCUCAUGCAGAUGGGGAAAUUGCUACUGUUAGAGCUUGCAGAUCAAUGGAUACAGGAAUGAUGCUGAGUUCAUGGGCCACAUCAUCAAUAGAAGAAGUUGCUCAAGCAGCUCCAGAAGCAAUUCGUUGGUUACAGCUCUAUAUCUAUAAGGACCGGGAGGUGACCAGGUCCUUGGUGCAGCGUGCCGAGAAAGAGGGAUACAAAGGCAUCUUUGUGACUGUGGACACACCAUUUCUUGGGAAGCGCUUAGAUGAUGUACGCAACAAGUUUCAGCUCCCAACACAUCUCAGGAUGAAAAACUUUGAAACAAAUGACCUGGCAUUUUCAUCUGAAAAAGGAUAUGGUGAAAACAGUGGCCUGUCUGUUUAUGUAGCGGAAGCCAUAGAUCCCUCAAUUAACUGGGAGGAUAUGAAGUGGCUGAGAGGACUGACAUCGCUACCCAUUGUUGCUAAAGGCAUCCUCAGAGCGGAUGAUGCUAGAGAAGCAAUGAAACAUGGAGUAAAUGGGAUCCUAGUGUCAAAUCAUGGUGCACGCCAGUUGGAUGGGGUUCCAGCUACUAUUGAGGUCCUGCCUGAAAUAAUAGAAGCUGUGGAAGGAAAGGUUGAGGUAUUCCUUGAUGGAGGAAUACGGAAAGGCACAGAUGUUCUCAAGGCUCUUGCCCUUGGAGCUAGAGCUGUUUUUGUGGGAAGACCUAUAAUCUGGGGACUUGCCUACCAGGGUGAACAAGGUGUGAAGGAGGUUCUUCAGAUAUUGAAAGAAGAAUUCCGGUUAGCAAUGGCACUCUCUGGCUGUCAGAAUGUGGAAGCAAUAGACAGAACAUUGGUACGGAGAGACCUGUGGACUGCCUCCAAGAUGUAACUACUUUUUCUGCUUCACUUCAACCUGUCAAAGAGAUUGCAAAUCACUUGUCAUUUCUUCCUCUAAAAAAAGUUAGGGAGGAUAAUUGCAAAGUGAAAUUAAGCCUCCAAAGUGGUUUUCAUCUGGAUCAAAAUGAAAUGCUCUUCUGCCUUAGUUUUGAAACUUAAGAUUCCUUUUGCAAAUGUACCAAAUAUGUCAAGGUAUCAUUUUAAUAUUUAGAGGAAAUGGGAUAAGAAGAUGUUAGAAAUAUUUAGGCAGGUGAGUCAAUGUCCUUUCGUCCAUGUUUGGCAUUCUAAGUGAUGACAAAUGUUGCCCAGCUAAGAAUCUCCAUUGGUCCCAGUUAGGGCAUUAUAAGGCAUCACUUUCCAAUGCUGAAAGUUUUCUGAUGGAAUGAGAUUUACUGAGCAGCACUUGUAAAAAUAUUUGCCAUGCUACUUUGAAGCUGUUGACUGACAUGACUGGGAGCAGUUGAGCUUUUGAAAAACAGUAAGCUCAUGGUGGGAAAACACAUUAUAUUAAAAGGACAGUUGAUGUCCAAAGUCCAAAGAUACCUCUUUGAUAUUGCCUUUAAUAUUUAAUCAUAUUCUGGUUUCUAAACAGAGCAACCUAACAUCAUCUUUACUUUUGGCAGUGUGGUACUGGAAAGCAAAGCUGAGUUUAUAGAAGUUGGACAGCUGAGGCAGAGGGAAAUACAGGAGUGUAAAAUGAUUUUUAAACUUGUGCACACACAGCUAUACAAACUGGUUAAAGCAACUCAUGAAGUCAUCCUUACAUUUCAGAUUCUGUACAGUUUCAGUUCUUCCCUAACUAUAACAACAACUGUGACCCUCCAGAAAGGAGCAGAAUUCCAGUCAGCCUUAGCUAGCAUAGCCAAUAGAAAGGGACAGUGGAAGUUGUGGUGCCACAAUAUCUGGAAGGACACAAGUCUACCCCUCUAUCAAUUCCUUUGUUAGGAUGAAUCUUAGACUCAUCAAAAUCUUUGCCUCUGCUGGACCAUACAUCCUUCUAAUUAAAGAGAAAUCAUUAAAGCACAAACACAGAAACAGCAUGUUCGUUGUGUCUCAAGCAGAUGGAGGAAAAUUAGUGAGGAGCACCAUAACCUUUUAAAUCAUUUUAGCUUAACACCUAUUACGCAUUCUAGGUGAAAAAAGAAAAAUAACCACAAGACCAUCAUUUCUUUGUAGAGCAACAAGCGGUCAAGCAAAAGAAUUCAUCCAAACGCCAUAGCAGUAAUAAAGCAGGUGUGACUAUCAUCUGUUUGUUGAAUCCAAAGCCAUUUUGUGACCUCCAGGGCCCCCAGCACUCCAUCUACCCCCACAGUUGCGUGCCUUUAUGUUGUUUCUGACUUAUUGCCCAAUGCAUACACCACUACAAAAUGCUGCCUCCAUUUGACCUUGCAUGUUGGUGCUAAUUUUGCCACACUUAGCACUCCUUUAGGCCCAUGGCAACCCUUUCUUUCCAAAAUAAAAAUGACCUGGAAAUUGACCUUCUGGCUAUUUCCUGUUGAAAAAUGUCUCUUUUGGACUUCAAAUAGUGUAGGACAGAGUUACUACAUAUUUCUGUUAUACUGUGCCAUAUGAUGCUCUAGCCACUGUAGGAAGUGUUGCUUCUUGACUGACAUUGGUACUUUCUGUAACAGCUAGGACUGUAGUCCCCAAACUGUGCUCUUUAAGGGAUUUUGGACUUCAGCUCCCAGAAUCCCAGAUUAUUGGCCAACAUGACUGAGACUUCUGGAAGCUGAAAUCCAAAAUCUCUUAAAGGGCACAGUUUGAGAGCCACUGGGCUAGAGAACCCCUGCUUUAGUUUACUCCUACUUGAUGACCUGGGCAGCACCACACAGGGUUCUCUACUCCGCUGAGUGGCACAGCCUCAUAGGGUUGCCAGAGGGCCCCUUUGACCUUGAAGGCGGUGUGCAGAAGAGGGAACUCCAGCAGGUGUUGCCUGUUACUGGUUGUGUAAAAGCAACAUCUGCUGAAAUUCCCUCUUCUAUUCAGCUAUUGAUGGUACAGGCAAUCCUACACAUUAACUGCCUUUUAAAGUUAAGAAUGAGAGGUGGAAACUUCUGGCCAACUCUCAUUAUUAGGAGAAGGACAUGCAUACACCAAAACUGGGCAGUGUAACAAUGGGAAACAGAACAUGUUCUUUUUAGACUCCACCAGCUGGCAAAGGCAUGGAAACAAGUUGGCGGACAGGCUUAUAAGCAGAUAUGGAAAGGAUUGCUCUUUAGAAGUACCAUUUGAAACUCUGCAGCUGUGUAUCAUAAGGCCAAGUGGCAAAGCAAGGUAAACGUUGAAGCCAGAACAGAUGGGCAAAAUAAGGAAAUGGGGAGAGCAAGGAUAAUGGCAACUGACAUCCAUGUUCACCAUUUGGCAUUAAGAACAGCAUUUUGAAACAUUUGUGUUGAAGUGAAUAUACUGAUGUUAAUAUUAACUUUAAAAAGUACUUGCUAGCAUUAACAGAGGUUUUCUUUAAAACUGAAUAUUCUACAAAUGAAUUUGUUAAGUUAAUCAUUAGUGGUGUAUUGUUGAUGUGUUGCUUUCAAAUUAAAGACAAUCUACUUUGCAUUGA